AUGGCCCUUCUCAACUACAUGCAUGCUCCCACUGUAGGUUUCUACUACAUGGGAGCUUGCGCGUUCAGUCUAUGCAUCUUACAGAAGGCGCGAUUGGUAUCACAAAAGAGACGGCGGAGCAUACUUAUCUCCAUGCUCACGAUCUUGGUCGCGUACAUCACAGAGGUACUUUACUACUUCAGUCGGUCAAUGGGCGAUUGGGACUAUGAGCCACCACAACCUGCAGCAAUUCGCUGCUUGGGGUCAAUAUUGGUCUGGAGUCCAUUGGCGUAUAUGCUUUGGUCGAGCAAGGCGCUACGAUGGCAUGCGUACUUUGGCGCAUUUGUUCUACAAUUUGCUUUGGAAACUACGACGUGUCUGAUAACGGCAUUUUCCAUCCCAGAGCAGAGUCGGCAAAAGAAUGCACCAUUCGUGAUUGACUGCGUUAGGGCUAUUGCGUCUCUCAUUCUACUGUUAGAUGCGUUUGUGAUUUUGGUCACUAAGCAGGCUGAGAUCAGCACGGACGAGGAGCGCCAAUCUUUACUAGGGAAGCAAGCGAACGGAUCAGCCACGGCUAACGGUAAUGCUGGGUACGGUACCAUCCCUACAGAAUCCGCAAGCGACGACGAAGAAGCAACGCCAAAAGACGAAGACAAGGAUAUCAAAGCCCAACAAGCGAAGCGUCUCGAGGAAGAAGGUGGUUGGUUCGGGUACCUCAAAGGCUUUGCUGUUUUCUUGCCCUACUUGUUCCCUAAAGACGACUGGAAGGUCAUGGCUUGCCUGGGUCUGCGACUCGUUCAUAUGCUGCAAGAGCGCGUCCUCAACUUGCUUACGCCUCGGCAGCUUGGCAUUAUUACGGACAAAUUACAGCACUCUUACGAAACUCAGAGUGGCAUCAUGCCCUGGAAAGAUAUCGGCUUGUGGGUGUUGUUCUCAUACAUCAACAGCUAUGCUGGUUUGGGUAUUGUCGACGGCAUUGCGAACUUGGUCAUCUCCAACAGCGCAUAUCGUCGUAUCACAUUGUUAGCAUACGAACACGUGCUGGGCCUCUCUAUGGACUUUCACACCUCGAAAGACUCAGGCGAAGUUCUGAAAGCUGUCGAACAAGCCUCAUCCUUGAAUUCGCUCAUCGAGAUGGUUCUAUUCGACAUUGCACCGAUUCUGCUUGAUCUUGUCGUGGCCAUGUACUACGUCACUCACCUUUUCGAUGCAUACAUGGCUUUCAUUAUUCUCUUCAUGGGCGCAGCAUAUAUUGCUAUCGGGUUCUACUUCACGACUCUGUCACAACCCAAGCGAAGAGACUAUGUCGAGAAGCAGCGUACCGAAAGCUCAACAGUCAACGAGACGGUCCACAACUGGCAGACAGUUGCUUACUUCAACCGUUUGGUGUUCGAACACAAGCGCUAUGCGGAGAAUAUUCUCGCUACCAUCUCUGCGCAAUACUCCUACUACUUCCGGUCGAUGGGUGGCCAUGCAGCACAGGAUCUCUUGACAACUUUCGGAUUCGCAGGUGCUUGCGUCUUUGGUAUGUCACAGAUUGUGACUGGACGGAAGCCAGUUGGUAAUCUGGUCAUACUGAUCAUGUACUGGCAUACGAUGACAUCGCCACUUUAUGUGCUUUCUUACAGCUACCGACACAUCUCUAGUUCACUCAUCGAUGCCGAACGCUUACUUCAGCUACUCAAUACUAAACCUUCAGUUGCUGACCAAGAUGGUGCUAGAGAUAUUGUAGUCUCUGCCGGAGAGGUCGAGUUCAAGGAUGUAGACUUUCACUAUGACGAGCGGAAACCCAUCAUCAAGGGCGUUAACCUGAAAGCCGAGGGCGGACAGACCAUCGCUUUUGUAGGCGAGACAGGAGGAGGCAAAUCAACGAUGCUGAAACUACUCUUCCGAUUUUACGACGUCACUGGAGGCUCCAUCAUGAUCGACGGCCAAGAUCUACGUUCAGUCACGCAAGCCAGUCUUCGCGAUGCCAUAGGCCUCGUCCCACAAGACCCCGUCCUCUUUAACCAGACCAUCCGCCAAAAUAUUCGCUAUGCCAAACUCGACGCUUCAGAUACCGAAAUUGAGGAUGCAUGCCGUGCGGCCGCCAUUCACGACGACAUCGUCGGUUUCCCUGACGGCUAUAACUCCAAAGUGGGCGAACGCGGUGUGCGUCUUUCUGGGGGUCAACUUCAGCGCAUAGCCAUCGCUCGCGUACUACUCAAGAACCCUAAGAUUGUCAUGCUGGAUGAAGCUACAUCAGCAAUCGACUCUUCGAUCGAAGCACUUAUCCAACAAGCUUUCCGUAAAUUGAGCCAGGGCCGGACCACCUUCGUAAUCGCGCAUCGCCUGAGCACGAUUGCAGAUGCGGAUCAGAUUUUGGUGGUGGAGAAGGGUGAGAUUAUCGAGAGAGGAAGGCAUCAGGAAUUGUUGAUGAAUGAGGGCGGGAAAUAUGCAGAGCUUUGGUCCAAGCAGACCGCGGGACAUCUGUCUAAAACGCCGUCCAAGGAGGACGUUACGAAGGAUGGGGACGUAGACGCGAAUGUAGAGGCGGUCGAGAAUAAGACAUCAAAGGGCGAGGAUCAGGCCACAGCCACGGCCGUGGAACGGAAUAGUGAUAGUGAGGAUACGACCACGAAGCGCAAAUGA